CAACGGUCUAAACUUGAAUCUACCUCCUCGAUUCCAUCAUGCGUUUCAGCUCCAUCCUCCCCUUCGCCGCAGCAGGCGUAGCAACUGUAUCCGCCCAAACCGCCGACCCAGCCCACUCAAUGGGCUUCAUAGGGUGCUCCAUGGCCGAAAACGUCGCGCAAGGCUACGUCGCCGUCAAAGGCCAACGCAUGUGGGGACCUUACGGCACAUCCGGGAUGGUCGUACAGUCCUGGACAAACACCAACUCGCAAUCCUGGAAGCUAUUCGACCAACAAGCCGCCAAGUACGGAAAGCCCACCGCAGUCUGGGUGCAGAUCUGCAUCUUCACCAACGGGGCUACGUACAGCGAGGUCAAGCAGCUCAUUGCGAAUACUCGCCAGCAUGCGGCGCCUAAUGCUACAGUUUAUAUCACGGGUCAGCCGCUGUAUGAGGCGGGACAGACGUGCCAGUUGGCGGGGCCGAAGGGCCCGGAGUCGACGGAUGCUCUGGCGCAACAGGCGGCGAAGGAUACGACGCAGAAUGUUAUCUACCCGGGAUCUUUCUUGUUGAAGCCGGGGGAGGUGCAGGAUGGUUGCCAUGCUAACACUGUUGGACAGCAGUCACUGGGAAAGCAGGCUGUAGCAUUUUGGGGUUGA